AUGCACCACCCUAUUUACUAUUUCAACGCGCAACAGAACGCGGCGAAGACGCACCUUGGAAGACUGCUGCUCGCACGCAAUGCUGCCCCACCAACGGCGGCUACGCAACUCCAUGGCGGCCUGGCCAAGCCGCCAUGGAUUCGCAUCAAGGACUCAGAUGCCACUUUCAAUUACGCCAGGAAGCCCAUCGUCGCCGGCCGAACGACGAUGGGCUUCCUGGAGAACUGA